AUGUCGACAUCAGCCUCUCUAGAACUGACCCAAAGCCUGUUAACCAGCGGGGCUAGAGCCGCUGGGAUAAUACUCUUACGAGCGAGUUACUUCCUCGCUAUUCCUCAACUUGCCCGCGACAUUCCUGGCGGAACUCCCAGUAUGCAUGGCGGUGACAGUGGUGCUCCUCUGGUUAUUUAUCGUACAAAUCCAGGAACCAGCCAGUUUCAAGAGUACCAACAGCUCAAUGUGCCUGGUGGCGAAGAUGCUGAAUUCUUCCAACUCGGUGACCGGACCUUUCUGGCUACAGCGAGCAUUCGUUCUGGGGCUGAUCCCACCUUCGACUAUAAUGUGGACUCGUGCAUCUUCGAGUGGGACGGCGAGAGGAUGGAAGAAUUCCAAUGUGUUCCCACUUGGGGCGGGAAGCAGUGGCACAGUUUCAAUCUCGCCGACCGUCAUUUCCUCGCCCUGGCUCAAGGGCAGGGUGAGACCGCUGAGCAGCCCAAGGCGCCGAUCACGAUCAACUCUACCAUCUUUGAAUGGAAUGGUGACAACUUUGAGCCAUUCCAGACUAUUCCCAUCUAUGAGUGGAAGGAAAAUAAAUUUGUUCCUUUCCAAGCUCUCGAUGGUGUGGGCGGAAGGGCUUUUGAAUUAGUCUCUGCCCAUGGACGCACACUACUGGCAUUUUCGCUUAUUGGUUCCGACAGCGUGGUCUACCAAUGGACAGGAGAAUCUUUCGAACACUAUCAAACCAUUGAAGGCAUCGGUGGUCGGGAGUUUGCUUUGAUCGAGGACAACAACACUUCAUACCUACUCCAUGUCAAGUUUCUUCAAGGAGAUUUGGAGAACCCCGAUACCUCCAUGACCUCCAUCAUCUACCGCGUCGAUCAAGACGGGUUGAAGGUCGCUGGUGACUUUGCUACGUUUGGCGGAACUGAUGUCUCAACAUUUAAGCAGGAUGGCAAGACGUUUGUUGUCACAUCAGAGAGCCUGGCGGAAGAUUUGAGAUUCCGUCAAGACUCUCACGUAUAUCAGUUUGUCACGCAAAAGUCGGAGGAGGCCGGUGACGCCAAGCGUUCGCUGUCACAAAGAAGCCAUGGCCGUUUCAAGAGGGAGGAUGCCUAUGUGGUUCCCGAGUUUAUGAGCCUGUUCUCUGCUUACACCGGAGGGCCCAGCGGUAUUGGCGCCAAAUUUAAGAACAUAUCUACCGAUGCUCAGGCAACCAAUCCCUUGCUGGUUGCUACCGACCAAUCCAUGGUGUUGUACCCCGGUAAUGGGGACGACCCCAUCGUUCUGGACUACCGACUUGGGGUCGCGGGUUUCAUUGAGCUGACAGCUGUUUCGCAUCUCGGUCCUGCUGUAGCUUCUCUGGCCGAGGUGUACGAGGCUCAGCCUGAAUCAAACGAGUGGAGAGAUCUAGCGAGGCAACUACUCAAUGCGACCCAAGCGGCACGCAAUGUUAACUCCGAGGCCCUGUGGAAGGACACACUCAAGAUCGAAGCAUUCCAGGGUCGUGAAAGCAAGAUUGCCGAAAUGAUAAACUAUGCCUGUGAUCUCACAUCGCGCCUACUCAAGGCUGUGCUCGCCGACCCUUCCAAGCUGAAUGCCAAAUUUGUACGAGAGAAUUACCUCAACGCAACAGGCGGAGAGUUCAACGCCGCGGUUCCAAUCAACAAAGUGAUGACGGCGACCUUUUUUCUCUCGGCACUUGAUGGGGCUACUCAAACCCACAAUGUACUCAAGGAUCAAGACAUUGACUGGACCAAGAUUAUGAUUUUGAUCAAUGGAAAGGCGGGCCGUGAGACGGCUGGCGUCGUCAUGAGUAGCAACACCCUGGCCCAGAUGUUCCUCAAAUCCAACCCCGAACUCACCCCCGACCGCAUCUACAUCGCCCCACACGGCACUGUGCCUAACACUACCGACAGGAGCGUCGAGCACCUGAGGAGUUACGAAACGGAGCUUCGUCGACUUUGGGCGGGCACUCGUGGCUACGUCGACUUGGCUGGCAAGAUGUUUGAGGGCUAUCCGGCUUACAGCGUUGCAGUAAGCACCCUUCCCGUUGUCAACUGGACGACCCCCAGCGUCAGCGAGCUGCCAGCCAUUUCUAGUCCAGAUGACUGGCUUGCUUUGACCACCAGAGUGCGCGUCACCCUCGAGGACCCGCGCCAGCCGUUGUCCGGAUCGAUUACGGACUACGCCACACAGCAAAUCUUUGAAGCUGGCUGGAACUCAACCAAGAUUGUUGUGCCUGGCUUGGAUAAUGUUGAUUACAAGACUGCUCAGGCCAACCUAUUCACAUAG